AUGAAGUUCACCGCUGCCGUCUUCACUGCCCUUGUGGCCGUCGUCGCUGCUGUCAGACAGCCAGAUUACUCCAAGCCCCCCCAUGGCAACCCCAUUGCCCUGCCAGGCCUCGCCGAACAGGUCCCCGCCGGCCAGGAGUACACCAUCACCUGGACGCCCACCAGCCCCGGACCCGUCUCCAUCCAGCUCCUCCGUGGCCCCAGUGAGAACGUCGUGCCCAUCCAGGUCCUCACCCCUUCCACCCCCAACACCGGUUCCUUCAAGUGGACGCCCUCCCUCUCCCUCGAGGCAGAUGUGAGCCGCUACGGCCUCCUUAUCGUCGAUGAGACCACCGGCGAGUACCAAUGGUCCACCCAGUUCGGCAUCAAGAACGACGCGCCCCAGCAGCCAACUCUCUCCGUCACCCGCACUGUCAUCGAGCCACCCCAGAGCACUAACACCGAUGUCGUCACCAUCACCACCACCAUCUGCGAGGAAACCACUGCUCCCUACCCAACCGGCACUGCCCCCGGCACCAUCUCCUCCGUCUGGCCAACUGCUCCCACUAGCUACCGCGCCUCGCCCACUCCAACCAUCCCACCCCCAUUCGAGGGUGCUGCUGGCCGCAACGCCAUCAGCCUCGGAGGAGCGUUCGUCGCCCUGGCUGCCGUCUUUGCUUUCUAA